UCAGUCUAACGCCCUGUGGGAGAUCAGAGGAGAGAACAGUCAGUGUGAACGAGGCUGGUGAUUCUGUCCAGAAGGGGCACAGGAAGAGGACAGAAGAUCGUGGGCGUCCUAGAACUUGAGCUGGGCUUUGUUGUGAUUUAGCUUAUGAAAGAGAAACCAGGAAUUUGUCCUCGAGUAAUGUUUCCUGUAACUGCCUAGUUUUUUUGUAAUCGUUUGGGUCUGAGAGUUGGCUUCGGAAGGAAGGUGGCUGCAGUAGGGGAAAAUCUGGCGUUUUCCGUUUACGCCAGUAAAAUUUAAUACACUCUUAUCGGGUAGCUGCACUGAAUCAGGAAGGGUAAGUGAGGGAAGUCCCUGGUUUCUCAUCAGUUGGGUGGAAACAAAGGUAACCAUUCCAUGGAGUCUCUCCUCAGUCAGGUUCCUGAAUUGUGAGAAGAAGGUCACGAGUGAUCUUGAGAGGUCAAUGGGUGUAUCGGCCAGAGUUGGUUUGCUUGAAAUAAGAAAGCGAAAGCUCACGGAGGCCCAAGAAGUCCCCUUCCCCCCUGUCAGGAAGCUGCCGCUGAGCAGAGUGGAAAGCCCUAGACCUCAGCCCACGCAAACCGCUGGAGGAGCAGGGCCGUGAAGACGCAGAAGCUUCCAGGCCUGUCCACGGCGCCCCGGGGGGUAUGAGGCCCAUGGAUAAGUUGUGGACGGUGCUAGACGUGCACCUCAAGCAUCACAGCACGCUGGGCUACGGCCUGGUGACCCUCCUGACGGCGGGCGGGGAGCGCCUGUUCUCCACCGUCGUGUUCCAGUGUCCCUGCAGCGCCACCUGGAACCUGCCCUACGGCCUGGUCUUCCUGCUGGUGCCGGCGCUGGCCCUCUUCCUGCUGGGCUACCUGCUCAACGCGCGCACCUGGCGCCUGCUGACCGGCUGCUGCGCGCGCAGCGCCCGCCCGCGGGGCUGCGGCGCGGGGCUGCGGGGCGCGCUGGUGUGCGCGCAGCUCAGCUACGCCGCCGCGCUCGCGCCGCUCACCUGGGUGGCCGUGGCGCUGCUCGGCGGCGCCUUCUACGAGUGCGCCGCCAGCGGGAGCGUCCCCCUGGCGCGGCGCCUGUGUCGGGGCCGCGAGCCCACCUGCGAGGCCCAGCUGCCGCUGGCGCCCUGCCGCCAGGCCCGGGAGUCCGACGCGCAGGACCUGCUGAAGGAGCUCAAGGCCCAGUCGCAGGUGCUGGGCUGGAUCCUGAUAGCAGUUGUCAUCAUCUUCCUUCUGAUUUUUACCUCUGUCUCCCGAUGCCUAUCUCCAGUUAGUUUUCUGCAGUUGAAAUUCUGGAAAAUCUAUUUGGAACAGGAGCAGCAGAUCCUUAAAAGUCAGGCCACAGAGCAUGCAACGGAAUUGGCAAAAGAGAAUAUUAAAUGUUUCUUUGAGUGCGCACAUCCGAAGGAAUCCAACACCCCCAGCAUUAAAGACUGGCAGCAAAUUUCAUCACUAUAUACUUUCAAUCCAAAGGAGCAGUACUACAGCAUGUUGCACAAAUAUGUUAACAGAAAAGAGAAGAGUCAUAGUAUCAGAUCUAACGAAGGAGAUGCAGUGAUUCCUGGUCUUGGCUUUGUAGAUACACCUGGUAUGAACAUUACUGCUGGGUUAUGACCUUAUUAAUGAAUACGGGGAAAGUUCUUUUGAGUUUUCGCUUCCGGGGAAAGUUCUUUUGAGUUUUCGCUUCAUUAAAAAAACACAAACUUUG